AUGGCUUGGGGGGCGUGGGGCCAGGCCCGCCGGGAUCCUGUGGGGGCUCUAACCCUGACAGCUCUGGCUGAAGGGAUCCAGGCCAACCAGGGGCAGACCCCAGGUCACUCUGCUCUUGGCCGUCAGCCCGGACAUGGGCUUGAACCUGAGUCGGAGCCUAAGAGUGCGGCUGCCAUCCCUGCCCCGGGCUGUGAGUCCCCUGAGGGACCCUGUCAGGACCCGCAGAGUUCCCGGGAGGAGGGGGCCCUUGCGGACCUGGCAGCGUACACAGCUGCCUGCCUGGAGGAGGCCGGCUUUGUGGGGACGCAGGCAACAGCGCUCACACUGUCCUCAGCUCCGGAGGCCCGGGGCCAGCCUCUGGAGGCGCAGGUGUACGCCCUGGUGAGCGGGCUGCUGGCGCAGGUGCCCAGCCUGGCCGAAGGGAGGCCCCGGCGGGCGGCCCUCCGGGUGCUGAGCGCGCUGGCCCGGGAGCACGCUCGGGAGGUGGUGUGUGCGCUGCUGCGCAGCUCGCUGCCCCCAGACCGGGCGGCGGCUGAACUGUGGCCCAGCCUGAGCCGGAAUCAGUGCGUGAACGGGCAGGUGCUGGUCCAGCUGCUGUGGGCGCUGAAGGACCAAGCGGGGCGGGAGCUGGAGGCCUUGGCGGCCACUCGGGCCCUUGGGGAGAUGCUGGCUGUGUCUGGUUGCGUGGGUGCCACGCGGGGCUUCUACCCACACCUCCUGCUCCUGCUGGUCACGCAGCUACACCAGCUAGCGCGGGGCGUGCGCGCCCCUGGCUCCCCGAAGGGGUUGGGCCCCUCGCAGCGAGGGCCGCCGCACAGCCACGCCAGCUGCGCGGUGGAGGCCUUGAAGGCCUUGCUCACCGGGGAUGGCGGCCGCAUGGUAGUCACGUGCAUGGAGCAGGCUGGAGGCUGGAGGAGGCUGGUGGGAGCCCACACCCACCUAGAAGGCGUCCUGCUGCUGGCCAGUGCCAUGGUGGCCCACGCGGACCACCACCUGCGAGGCCUGUUCGCGAACUUGCUGCCGCAGCUACGCAGCCCCGACGACACGCAGCGCCUCACGGCGAUGGCCUUCUUCGCCGGGCUGCUGCAGAGUCGGCCCACGGCGAGGCUCCUGCGGGAGGAGGUCAUCCUGGAGCGGCUCCGGGCCUGGCAGGGCGACCCCGAGCCCACCGUGCGCUGGCUGGGCCUGCUGGGCCUCGGCCACCUGGCGCUGAACCGCGGGAAGGUGCGGCACGUGAGCAGGCUGCUGCCCGCGCUGCUGGGUGCGCUGGGCGAGGGCGACGCGAGGCUCGUGGAGGCGGCGCUGGGCGCGCUGGGGAGGCUCCUGCUGCAGCCUGGGGCGCCGGUGCGGCUCCUGAGCGCCCAGCUGGGGCUGAGCCUCCCGCGGCUGCUGGACGACGCCAGGGAGUCGGUCCGCGCCUCGGCCGUGGGGCUUCUCGGGACGCUGGUGCGGCGGGGCCGGGGCGGGCUCCGGGUGGGGCUCCGCGGCCCCCUCCGGAAGCUGGUGCUCCAGAGCGUCGUCCCUCUGCUGUUGCGCCUGCAAGAUCCCAGCCGGGAGGCUGCUGAGAGUUCAGAGUGGACCCUGGCCCGCUGUGACCAGGCCUUGCGUUGGGGCCUGCUGGAGGACACGGUCACCGUGGCCCACUACGACAGCCCUGAGGCCCUAAGCCGCAUCUGCCACUGCCUGGUUCAGCAGUACCCAAGUCACACCCCCAGCUUCCUGAGCCAGACCCAGGGCUACCUGCGGAGCCCACAGACCCCUUUGCGCUGGGCCGCGGCCGUGCUCCUAGGCUUCCUCGUCCAUCACACCAGCCCUGGCCGUGUCAACCAGGACCUGCUGGACGCCCUGUUCCGGGACCUGGGACAGCUGCAGAGUGACCCAGAGCCCGCCGUGGUCGCCGCAGCUCAUGCGUCCGCCCAACAGGUGGCGCUGCUGGCCCGUGCCCAGGCCCAGCCCCGCCGCCCACGUCUCCUCCGCCUGCGCCUGCAUCUCCUCCGCUCAGGCCUCUGGCACCGCCGCCGGCCCCCCCGGCCCCCACCAGUCUACCCCAACAGCCCGUUCCAGCCCCAGAGCGUCAUAGGCCGCUGGGGCUGCCUGGGACCCGGCUGUGCCUGA